UGCAUGUCAUUCAUCGUCGUAUCAAGACACCUGUUGACCUGGAAAAUCCGCGGGCUUUCAAUGGCGGUUUAAAUUCACUUUUUUUGCUUUGUGACUAAAGAAAAAUCACUUAUAGAAACUAGAAAGGUCUCAUAAGGGGGAAAGGUUGCAUUCGAGACUGUAAACACAAACAAACGAGAUAAUUGAGACCAAAAAGCAGCUGCGCAGACGGUUAAACCGCAGCUGGGAUCCAGCCUUCCCUCCGGGAUGUCUGCAGGAAUGACAUGUCGCAGACAGGUCAGAACUCAGCUGCACACCUGACGGACGCUUUUCCAGUGAACCUGACUGUGGUGGUCCUCCUCCUCCUUCCCUGCGUGCUCCUCCUGCUGCUCCUCAACUGCGUCUUCCUGGUUUACAAGCUCCUCAUCCUGUCCAGGAGCAGACGGCGGCGGAGGCGGGAGGACGCCGAGGAGGUGCUGCUGCGCUCCGCCCUGCCCAGAGUCAGGCUCUCCGACGCGGCCUUCUCCCCGCUGCAGGACGCCGGGAGGGCCUACGUGUCUGUGUCCGAGCCAGUCCUGUCGCAUCCGGUCACCUCCUCCAGGGCGUCGUCCCGGGAGAGGCUCGGGGUCAACCACAGGAUCCGGCUGCUGAGGCCCGACGGCACCACCGGGUCGGGGUCCCUGAGGGCGCCGAGCAGCAUCCGGGCCGCCUCGUCCGCGUUCAGCCCCAGACUGGAGGCGCCCUGGAGCAGGAGCGAGCCGGUUCUGACCCGAUCCAGUGGUUCAGAGACCGAAACCAGAGUCAAUCUGGUUCCUCCAAACUCCCCAACGAUGGAGCACAUGGGCCACAUCCGGCGGAGCAGCACUCGUGAGAAGCUGUCGGAAGCUGCUGUUCAUCCGUUCGACAAAGUGAUCGCCGAGUGCGAGUCCACCGAGCCGACAGACACGUCCUGCCUGAACACGACCACAGUGGGUCCCGGGCUGGACAGCGACUUCGGAGCAAGCGCAGGCGUUUCCCUGCGGAUUCUGUCCGCAGACAGUGACGGUCUCUCCAACGGCGUGCUGGCCUCAGCUCUGGAGUGGGAUUAUUACGACCCCUGCUACGUCAAACAGAACAACAUCCCCAAACACAAACACCCCAUACCUGCAAUACACACCCGGCAGUACUGGGUGUGACGAGUAGUUUUAGUAUUUGUCAGAUUUUACUGCUAGAAUGUUUUAGUGUAAGGACAGUUUUUUAGUUUUUAAUCUCACAAAUGUGUAAAUUUGACUCAACACUUCAGUUUUUGAUGUUAUUUCCUCUUUGUAAAUCUCACCCCAAGACUUGUUAAUUUUUCUCCAUUUGUUAGCAAAAUAUUUAGUCAAGACGCUUCACUUAUGUUGUAAAAUGUUAAAUAUUCACUUUUUACGUUCAUUUGUGUUCACAGAUUCAUAACUAAAGUCUGUUCUGAGAUUCACAGAUGUUUGUUUCACACUUUUUCCUCUUUACAUUCACUCAAAUAUUUAAUAAAGUCCUUUUUGAGAAAGUUGGAUUCAUAA